AUGGCUGUCCCGCAUAAACAAGACCCAAUUGUCCUGGUGAUUGAUUUCCACCAUGCGCGGGGCCCCGAAAUCGAACACUGCAUCGGUGAUGAGGGAACGAACCCGGCUGUCGACAAUGACUGGUCAUUACUACCCUUCAUGGCACUUUCUGAUGGUGCGCAUCUAUCGACCGAGGAAUUCUCAUAUUUCACGUUGCGCCGCAAAGAAACAUCCGAAACACCGGCAACGUCCCUUUUCGGCAUUGCCUGCUCGCGCCAGCUCGAUGCCAAGCUCCUGAUCCAUCGCCCUCCUGAAGUGACGCGCUCGACAGUGCAAAAGGCCGUGGUGGUGGUGACGGAUAGUCCGCAGAGAGUGGGACAAUUGCGCGAAAAGCUCUCUGUGGUGACAUCGGCGUGGUUUGCGCAGCGGGACUUUUCAGAUAUUGAUAUUUUGAAGAAAUUCCGAGAGGGCCUAGUUAUCAGUUUAUCCAAUGAUGCGUCGAAAGAUCAGAACUUAGGUCUUUCUCUACGGGAAAUGAUUCAUGAGUUCAAAUACCAGACCCUAGUGCUCUUUAAGGGACUAUUAUUGCAGCCUAAGAUGCUCUUUUUCGGUACCCGCUGUGAACGUCUAUGCAUGAUUCAAUUUUCGCUUGUCUCUUUAAUACCUGGAUUGAUCAAUAAUCUGCAAGAUUGUGCAGAUCCUGCAUUUGACAGCUAUACUCAAAAUGUUGAGAAGCCAACCUCCCUUAAGACAAGUGACCGAGGCUCUUUAUUGGCCUACAUGGGUCUACCGCUGCAGAUAUUUGGAAAGGGAAGCAUGUUUGGGCCAUAUACCCCCCUACAGCAACUGGAUUUGCUAGCCGAUGAUGGCACAAAGUCGUAUGUUGUGGGAUCAACGAAUUCUUUGCUCCUCCAACAAAAGGAUCGCUAUAGCGACAUUUUAAUCAACCUUGAUGAGGACAGCAUCAAUAUCUCGUCAUUGCCUCUACAAAGGGCUCUAGCCCUAUCUGUGGCGGACAGACGCUGGAUAGACGUUCUCACCCAGAUCGUUAAUGAAACCUGGGAUGAUGCCCAUCCAUCCCGUCCAAAAACACUAGGCUUCAUGGGAUCGGAAGAAUUCAUCCGCCUUCAAUUUGAAGAGUACCUCCUCGCCUUACUAUCCAGCAUGAAAUACCAUGAGGAGCUUGCCUCGCACUCGUCGGGUGAUUCGCCACACCGAAGCAGAGCUCAGCUACAAAACUUCAAUAUUGAAGGCGAUCCUGCUCUUGACUUCAAUGCAGAAUUUUUGACACAAUGGCAGAAAACCUCGAACUAUGCCCUUUUCUCAAAGCUUACCUCCGAUGCCCUCUUGUACUCAAUUACCGAGCCACGGCACCCAAGCGCUGGCGGGCUGACUAUGGAUGAUAUUCAGCGUCGUCUGUCUCAGCAGGUAGCCGAUCUUCACUUGGAUGAGCGAGUGCGCGAGGGUCGCGAAGCACUUGGCCGCCAACUUGCCACGGGGCAAAAGAAAGUUAGCGCGGCAUUCAAUACCUUCUGGUCGGAUAUAGAGUCCAUGCGUGAAGCUCAAAGAAAGCGCAACGAAGAGAAAGCUGCUGCCCAAUCCCAGCGCACCUCGAUUGAUACCUCGCGCUCUCCACCAACGACUUCGCAGGCGUCUCCCUCCGAGCCUUCUGGAGGUUGGCUUUCUCCUCGCCAAAGACCUUCCAUUGACGUUUCUCAGGCACAGGCUACUGUUAGCGUCGCCAGCCAAAAAGCCAGUGCAUACUUCAGUUCAUGGGGCUCCUGGGCCAGCGAAAAGCGCAAAGAGUGGCAAGAGAAACGCAGUUCAUCCCCAGGUCCAAACCCCAAUCCAGCAGUAGCCCCCGCAGCCAUUGUCUCCUCGCCCUCAACGCCGGUGCUCUCAGUCGCAACUGAAGACCUCGAGUCGGACCGUGGUCGUCGCCGAUCCAUGCAGCAGCAUCGCGCCAGUUCCAAUGGGGAUGCCUCGGACGGUCUCAGCCGUAGCAACAGCCGCCGCAAGCGAUGGAGCAACAUUAUUCUACGCCGCGAGAGCGGAGAGUUUAAACGGGACGAUGGCUCCGAUGCUCUUGACGCGCCUUAUCCCAAAUCCCCCUUGUCCCACGGUUCCCCAGCAUACGAGCCCGAAUCCCAGCAUAGCUCGGAGGUCAUCUUCUCACAGAAGGAGAACGACGAACCCAUUCAUGAGGCAACUCCUGCCAACGAAGACGGCUUCACAGCUGUGUCUCUCACGCCCGAGGACGGUCUCCGAGUCAAUAUGAACCCGGAGAAGACCACGAAGCCAUCCGAUGCACAGGAAGAUGAAACCACCACUCUCCCUAUCGAGGUAGAGAAAUAG